AUAAAAAAUUGUUCCCCACUGGCACUGCACAGCUCAUCGAGCCUCUACUUUUCACCCUUCAUUGGUGUUUAAUAGGUAUUCCACCGCUAACCUUAACACCGAAAAUGCACUUCGUCAAUCAAACUUUCAAUUACGACCAUCCAUGGUCUCACGUCGUUAUUGGAAUGUGGCACAAGUACCCAAACCCCAAGUGCUCGCAUGUUAUCAGCGUCGAUGUGGUAGACCGGUCAGUGGACCCUAAGACUGGACUCAUUCGAACGGAGCGAAUAUUGGGCUGCAAGCAAAAGGCGCCCAUAUGGAUAGUGAAGCUUUUCGGCGGCUCAGAAGAUGCAUUUGUUCGAGAAAUCUCUUUCAUAGACCCCAAAACGCAGAAUGCGACUAUCAUCUCCGAAAACCUCUCGCUCUCUCAGUUCGCUACAGGUCUGGAACAGAUACAGUACUCCCCCGUUUCCUCCCACCAAACGAUGUUUAGACAGACGGCGGAAAUACAAGCGCGGAUGGCGUUGUGGCGGAGUGCGGCCGAUGGUUUAGAACGAUGGUUGGCUCAGAGGUUCGAGCAAAACGCACAACUAGGCAAAACGGCAUUUACGGACGUCUUACGACAGCUAUGGGAAGAACGACAUAUGCAAGGCGCAACAGCAGCAUAGAGGCCCCGUCGGGGCGUAGACCGUCUUUAUUACGAUCUUUAUGGCUCUUUAUCGGUUUUUCGUUUAGCACACCACUCUCACUUGCAUACCAUGCAGAAUUAUUGUAGAAGUCCAGACCCCUUGACCGCGUAUACAGUUUCCUCUGACACUACUGUUACAGUUACAGUAUCCUAAUAAUUGUAGGCCGCCCACAAAAGAAUACUUGUAAGUAUAGAUCAAGAUUAAAAUCCCCUUCGGACCUAGUGGAUGACACCAUUACAAUGACACCUACUUCCCGUACAAACGCAUAGUAAACCGCUCUCAAGUACUUAGCAGCCGAAGAAAGUUGACGCGUCCCUCACAACACCAUUUCUUUUCCC